AUGUGGAAAAUAGACACACAUCUCUGCGUACUUUCCGCCUAUGAUCGUACCCAACGAGCUGAUAGAUUUCGUGUAGCGAUGAAAAAUGACAUUGACAUGUAUGAAAAUACCUGUAUAGGUCAAAAGAGCAAUGAAACACUUUCAUUUCACUCAGACUGGGAUUUGGUUCGUACAACUAUUGCAGUAGUAGAAAAAUGGAACACAACUCCACAACCAAUAAUCAAGAAAAAGCCAAGGCCAACGCUGGAAGAUGCACCAUUGCGGAGAAUUCGACAACCAGUAGCACUAGCGAAGACCUUCUAUCGAAAACGACAAGGUAGUGGACAGACUGGUUCGACUCCACAAGAAGAUUCAGCAGCACCCAUACGAAAGUUGAAGAAGAUGCGAGGCGACCUUGCCAAGACCUUUUCCGUGCCAACAUCGCAGUCGGACCUAAUCGUUGAUGCACAAGUGGAUGGCAAAGGACGUUCAUUGUCGAGUUUGCCAGCAGAACCAUGGCGAUUACCACCGAUUCGGAAUAAUCUCAUAGCAAGGAAUUUUUAUGCGAAUACUAUCAGCAGGCCCAACCCUCCUCCUCCUGCUCCCCCUCCUCUUCCUCCUACAGUUCAAUCACCAAAAAUCUAUGAUGUUUCGCAGACGUACGCUCUGCAAGCGGACCGCACGCGGGUACUGCGUCAUUUGUUAAUUUGCGAUAGUAUGUGUUAUGGAUCAUGCUACGCAUACGCUUUGCAAACGGACCGCGACGCGUUAUUUGUCAACCUAGUGGAUCAGACUACCUGA